GGGGUGAGAGGUGAAAGAUCAGGCGGGGCGGCAGGAAGAUGGCGGUGCGGGCGGCGGGCGCCGGGCGAGAGACGCGGACUCUGUGAGGCGCGCGAAGCGAUGGCGCGGCGUGCGGCGCGCUGCGGCUGAUAGGCGGCCGUCGCGGGCCGUGCGCGGAGCGCUCCCCAUGAGCGCGGUGGGGGGCCUGGCGUGGCGCGCGCUGCACGCCCUGCUGCGCGCGUUGCUCUGCCUGCAGCGCGCGCUGCUGGCCGCGCCCCGCGCCUGGCUCCGGCGCCGCGCCGCCGCCUCCUGCGCCUUGCUGGGCCCCGCCGCGCGCGCCCUCGCCUUCCCCGGCGCGGCCCGAGGGGGCCGGCGGCCCGGUAGGAGGCGGCCCGGGGUUCGAGCGAGGGGCCGCGCGGACGGGCGGGCCCUGCAGAAGCUGCCGCUGCACGUGGGUCUGGUAGUGACCGAGGAGGAGCCGAGCUACGCGGACAUGGCCAGCCUGGUGGUGUGGUGCAUGGCGGUGGGCAUCUCCUACGUCAGCGUCUACGACCACAACGGUAUUUUCAAGAGGAAUAAUUCAAGACUGAUGGAUGAAAUUUUAAAACAGGAGCAAGAACUCUUAGGAUUAGACUGCUCCAAGUAUACCGUGGAAUUUGCAAAUCAAGACAAAGCUGAUCAAGUUUUAAAUUGCCAAUCUACAUUGAAGGUGCUGUCUCCAGAAGAUGGAAAAGCAGACAUAGUAAAAGCUGCUCAGAACUUUUGUCAGUUGGUAGCACAACAGCAAAGAACAUAUACAGACCUGGAUGUGAAUGUGUUAGACAACUUGUUAAGUAGUACAAGUGGAUUUCCAGAUCCUGAUUUAGUCUUGAAGUUUGGUCCUGUGGACAGCACACUAGGGUUCCUUCCCUGGCACAUCAGACUAACAGAGAUCAUUUCUUUGCCUUCCCACCAGAACAUCAGCUAUGAAGACUUUUUCUCUGCCCUCCAUCGCUAUGCAGCCUGUGAGCAACGCUGGGGAAAGUGACUUUUGGCUGAGCACACUGAGUUGUGCUUUCCAUGGAAAGGAAUUUAUGUCUGUUUACAACCACCUGUGACCCAUAAGUCUGGUUCAUAGUCCUUUCUUAAUUUAUCAACAAAUUCAAUAAAGUGUCUUACCUUUCUAAAGAGUCUGUGUGAAUGUGUGAGAAUCUGUGGGGAAGGGGAAAUCUGCAGGUUUGCUUUAUCAUAGACAUUUAUUGCAAUUAAAGCUCUAUAGACCUGAAUUGCCAUCACUUUUUUGUCCUAUGACCAGAAGAGCAUGCAAGAAUUUGUGUGAAAUUCACAGGACAAUGUAGGUAAGAAUAUUAUCCCCUUUGAAGUUUCAUGUCCCUCAGCUUUAUUUCUUACUAGUUCUUCAUGGUCACAAUUUCAGAGCCAAUCACCUGAUUAUUUUGUAUUUACUAUGUAAUGUUUAAAUUUUAGAAGCCUGUAUUGGUUCUGUUAAAGACUUAAGACUGCUACUUCGCUGUCAGGGCUAAGUCAGUGGUAGCUCUAGAAGUGUGAGAAGGUUCUAUUAAAGAAGAAUGGAAGCUUCUGUGGUAAGUGGAUUAGGCAGUAUGAAUCGCAGAAACACCAAUGUUGGAAAAGACCUACAAGAUCAUCCAGUCCAACCAUCAGUGGUAUGCUUAUUAAUGCUUAUACUAUGCUUUCUUAAAAAAAGAGAUAAAAGUGAAAAAGCAAAAUACUCCUACAGCUUUGGGUGAUAUUUCUAUCAUCAGGCCCAUUUUUCUAUGGGGAAUAAGUAUAGAUGUAAUUCCACAUAGAAUUCUAGCCUAAAGUGACAAGCUGGCUAAGGCUCUGGGAUCACCUGUGGGGGAAAAAUAUCUGAAAACAUGCUAGGUCAACUUCUGCAGCUGCUGCCAUUUGUUUGUUGUGUCUGUGUACCCAGAAGAGAAGUGCUGAAGCCUUCUGUUAGGUUUAUUUUGAGCUGUGAAUUAGAAGCUUGAAUAGUGUUUCACAACAAAUGAGAAGGUCAAAUAAAGCUGCACUAACAAACAGUACCUCAGGUCUGAGAACAUAGCUAGAAACACUAGCUAAGGAGUCUUCAUUGUGGAAUGUCUUAUUCUAGUUAUUCUGCAUACUGAAAGUGCUUGGAAGUUAAGUCGUUGUAGCAGCAUUUGGAUGAAGCAGUAUCUUCAGAGCUGUUAUUUGGACGUAAGCAUGAAUAUUUCAACCUUCUGGCCAGCAUGCUAAGAACUGCUAGAUGCUUUGUUCUAGAAGUUUUUUUUUCCUUUACCUCUCCCCUUUUGGAAAUGAGCCUGUAUCUGUUUCCUUCAGGAUAUAUCUGUCAUCAGAAGGAAAAACUUCCUGGGGGAAUUGCAAGACUUUAAAAUACACUGUUUGGCAAGGAAAGAAACCUAAUUGUUGUAAUAAUGUUGUAAGAGUCUGCAUAAGCUUAGCUGUAGGCUUUGGUUUGUUUUUGUUAUGCUAAGAUUAGAUUUCAGUUAUAAAAGAGGGCUGUGAUCUGUUUUAUUUCAUGAAAGA